AUGCAGGAGGAGAAGGCUGUGAGGAAGAGGAAGAUGGCCCGGGAGCCCCAGACAGGGAGGGAGCUGAGGCUGGUGACCAGGGAGGACAAAUCCCCGCAGCAGAACCUCAUGGAAGAGGCUGUUUUGAGCAGCACCACAGCACAGGAAUCCAACAAGGAGGAAAAGCUCCAGAGAUCCCACAUGAGGAAGGGCUGCAAACGCAGAUCACAGGGAUCCGAGGAGGAAAGACCCACCCUGGGCCAGGGAGGCAGCUGGAGCUCAGAGCUGGGUGUCAAUGAGCAGCUUCAUGAUGGGGAGCAGCCCCACGAGUGCUCAGAAUGUGGGAAGAGCUUCAGUAAGAGAUGCUCUCUGAUCCGCCACUGGAGAAUCCACACAGGGGAGAGGCCCUACGAAUGUGAGGAGUGUGGAAAGAGCUUUUUCGAGCAGUCCAAGCUGAUUGUCCACCAGAGAAUCCACACAGGGGAGAGGCCCUACGAGUGUGAUAAAUGCAGGAAGAGGUUUCAGACCAGCUCCACUCUUGUCAGGCAUCAGCGGAUUCACACAGAUGAGAGGCCCUUUCGCUGCCCCGAUUGCGGGAAGGCAUUCAACCGUAAUUGCACCCUCAUCAAGCACCGGCACAUCCACACCAGGGAGGGGCCCUAUAAGUGUCCCGAGUGUGAGAAGAGCUUCUCACAGAACUCUACCUUGACCCAACACCAACGGAGGCACCUAAGGAAGCCCUGUGAGUGCCCCGAGUGCAGGAAGAGCUUCGUGCGCUGCUCCAGCUCCAUCCUCCAUGGGAGGAUCCUGGCUGGAUGAUCCCCAGUGGGCAGAGCCCCGGUGAUCCAUGGUGCCAGUGAUCCAUGUUGGGAAGACACCUGCCUGGGGGCUCCGUGUCCCCCUGGCUCCCCGUGAGCACCUGGACACAUCCACAGACCAACAUCCAAAAUCUGUUGUGGAGAGCAGAUUUGCCAACAUCUGACCGCAGAAAAAUCUCACAUUUUGUGUCAUCUAGUGGCAUUAAGCAAUACUGGACAACCUUGCUGGUCUUCUCCAACAUAAAUCCAUUGUUUUAGUUCUCCAUGGCCCAUGGCUGUCUUUCACAGCCAAAUGGGGACAGACUGGAGUAAAAGCCCUGAUUUUGGAGACAGUGGGAUAGAAACCUCUCCAAAAAGGGUUCUUCCUACCCACCCAAGCACAUCGAUGCUCUGCUGGCAGGGACAUGUAAAUAAUUUUGUUUUGGCCUUGAUUUUCUUUUCCUUUCUGUUCAUCCUUUUGAAACUCCUGAAAUUGGGGUAAAAAUAAAGACAUUGAACUAAGGCAUGGAUGGGGGCAUGGGAGGACAAUGACAUGGGUGGGGACAAGGAGGAACAUGGAAAUAGAUGGCGACAUGGGUGACACAGACAUAGGUGGGGACAUGGGGGGACACGGACAUGGAGAGUGACAUGGGGGUGAUUCCCUAAGUUUUAGCUUUCAUAUUUUUCAGAUUCUGUACUGUCUUGGUGUGUUACUCUGAACUUCAUAUUAAUUGUUAGUAAGUUCUCUUCACAGGGUAGUUAGACAAAAUGAUCCUUUUCCAGCUUGAGAAACCAAGGACAACUGUUGUGGCCUCUGGCCCAAAAAGUAUAAACAGUGAAUUGAAGGGAGCAAACAAGGAGGAUGGGACUUCAUAACCUGAAGCUGUAAUUGGACAACUAAUCCCAAUACGUAAAUAGUUAUUUUCCAAACCAUUAUUUAUGAAAGUGUGAAAAAACUUAUAAA